AUGAAUAAAAUUCUAAAAAAUGUUUUAUGGAUACUCUUUUUAAAACAUAUAAAAAAUGUUAGUAGUUAUUGCACAACUCAGAUAAAAACAUAUGAUUUUAUUAGAAUAAAAAUGAACAAGAAAUGUUGUAAAUAUAAAUAUUGUUCUGUAAAAAAUAACUUACUUUUAAAUAAUAAUAUAGGAAUAAAUGUUAAUGAAAAAGAAAACACAAAUAGUUAUAAUGAACAAACAGAAUAUAACGAUAAAAAGAAGUUGAAAUUGGAAAAAAAAAAAAAAAAAAAAAAGAGAAAGACUAAUGAUGUUCUAAAGUGUAAAAUGUGCAAAAAAAUAUUAAAACCAAAAGUAAAAUUUUGUAUUUAUUGUGGUACAAAUGUGUCGGUACAAAAAAUAAAAUUAAAAAAGUACAUAGAAGAAAUAUAUUUACCAAUAAGAAAAGAAGAAGUAAGUGAAAAUACAUUUAGAGUUGAAAAGGGGUUUUGGAAGGACAUACUAACAAAAUUGGGGAAAUAUGAAUUGGAUGAAUUAGGUCCUAAUAAUUGGGAGAGUUUCUUAAAGUAUUUAAAAGGAAAAAAUUGCUCACCAAGAACCUUAGCUCUUUAUCAAUCUACCUAUCAACAAUCUUUGAAAUAUGCUUUAUAUCGUGAUUACUUAAAAAGUAUACAUCAUUUUCGUAAAAUAAAGAAAAGCACUAUACCAAGAAGAAAAAUUACACCUUUAUCUCCCAAGGAGAUUGAAUUAUUGUUAAAAAAUAGUAGUGAUAUGCAUAGAGCAAUAUUUGGAUUAUGCAUAGGUAUUGGUUUACGCCCUUCUGAAGUUUUAAGAAUUUUAUGGGAAGAUGUUAAUUUUGAAAAAAAAGAAAUUUUCAUAAAAGGACAAAAAACCAAAUAUAGCAGCACUUCUAUUCCUUUAACUAAUUUUGCUUAUAUUGAAUUAAUUAAAUGGUGGGAAAUAGAGAAUAAACCUAAAAAAGGGUUAUGCUUUUAUUCUGAAACAUUGAAAAAUAAAUUUAACUACACAGAAACAAAAACUCCAUUAAAAACAUUUAAAACUGCAUUAAAGGGAGCAGCUAAAAGAGCUGGAUUAGAAAUAAGUGAAGACGGAAAAAAAAGAAGAAUUUUCCCAUAUUUAUUAAGGCACUCUUUUGCAACCAUAGCUGCAACUUCAAAUCCUCCAGUCCCAUUACCAGUUGCUCAAGCUAUUAUGAGACACUCAUCAUCAAAAAUGUUAUUAGAUACAUAUACAAAAGCUGGUAAUAAUAUAAUUAGGGAUGGUUUAGAUAAUUUUAAAAUAUAA